AUGGUACUUGUUGUCAUUUUAACCGAAGAAAUGGAUCGCUUUUACGAAAAAAUCCAAACAACAUUGAUGAGACUAAACUCCGAGCAUGAAUUAAAAGAUCUAUCAUCACACGUCACGCAGGAAAGCGCUGACAAAAUAGACAGCGUGAUAAGCGACCUCGCAAUAGUAUUUAAAAAUUGCGAAGUAAAUACUGAAGAAGUCGCAAAGAAAGAUGACAAGUGUGUGAAAGCGCUGCAGUACCUGAUUUUCAACACCAAUUUCCACUGUCAGGAUCAGAUGGCCGAGGAUAUAGUAAACGGACACCUGGUGGACAUGUGCCCCGCAUUAGCUCCUUAUUUAUUACUCACCAUCACAUACAAAUUCAACUACGAAAUAAUUUUAACAGAACUCGCUCUGUACUGUCCUUUAGAAUUGUGCGUAGAAAUAAUGGAGAUCACUCCCAGGUGUCUAAAUAUAAUGAAAUUCGAGCGAGCGCAGAAAUUUAUCAUCAGUUUUAUUUUAAACACUUACAAAAAAUUAGUUUUAAUGAAACAAAACGAGUUACAGUCUCUUGAAUUAAAUGAAACUCUUGAUCAAUUUAAUGUCCAGUUUCAGGAACUCGUUGCAGUGAUUAAAGAGAACAAAACUCUGCGUAUCGACGAGUUAACUGAAAAUAAUAAACUGCGACGUGGAUUUAUCAUCAAGGACGUCACCAAGUUGAUUCUCGACUGCCUGGAGUGUCAUCAGACGGGCGUGAAAGUCGAUCCUGAGGAAGAAAAACAGUUUAAAAUAACUUUUGGCCGGGAAUUUGUUGUAAAAUGCGACCCGAAACUUGUCGAAAAGCAUUUAAGUAUCUUUAACUCAUGCUUGCUGUCUCUGAUGUCUUCUAUUUUGCAAGAAGUAGACGUGAAUACUUACAUGGAGUGGGUGGAGUUUGACUCACCUGAAGAUCCUUCGCAGACACUGCAGCAGUCAGUUCGCUUCGACUGCUACAAACUCCUAGACUUCUUGAAGAAGUCUCAGUUAAAAUUGAACGUCGAGCUUCUUAAAUGCCUUGAACAUUUGGCUGCUAAACCCAAGCAGCCCAGCGACCUGGGGCUCGAGGAACUUUGCCGGGAAGUUGCCGAAGGCAGCAAGGAAUCUCUGAAGCAGCUUACGAGUCGCUAUCAACAGUGGAACGAGAAUAUUUUCCUCGCUGUAAAACCUCAUUAUUUAUUAUUCGACAAACAAGACUGUUCUUUUCUUCUAGAGUACCUGACAAUUUUAAUCGAAAAUAAUUUAGACGAAGAUCACAAACAGUCAGUUUACAAUCUUGUAACUAAAGUGCUCCUUAAAUUGGAAAUCACUGAAGUGUUUGAAGUUGCGCUGGAGUAUAUUAAAACCCACGAGGCUAAAAAUAUUCUUGAGUCUGUUAACACCCAAGAAAUGUUCAAUGAUUUUAUUACUACUAACACAAAUUUUAAAGAUCCUAUGAAAUUGCGUAUUUUGUUGUUUUUUAUUAUGAAAAACCCGAAAGAGUUUUUGAUGACGCUGAUUAAAAUGAGCAUCGGCAGCUCGCAGUACCCGCACGUGAUGAUUCCUCCAGAAGAUUUGCUACUGCUGGCACCGAUAAUGAGGAUUGAAGAUGAGACGGGUGUUAAGUUGGUGCUGAGUAUUUUGCUGGUCAAUAUCCGGCUAAAAAAAACUGAUUGGAAGACUGUAAAAUUCUGUAACUUUAUUACGACAAUGAUUGAUCGCGUUUUUACAGCCGACGAGCUUACUAACGUUGUUUUUAUUCCUAUAAUCGAAGAUUCUUUAAUGUCUAUCGAGACUGUGAAGACAGUUUUAAUUUGUUUGCAGAAAAUAAUGCCUUUUUUUACGGAAAAUAUUAAUUUUAGCGGGCUAUUAAUUGCAUUAGCGACAAAAAUGAAGUCCAUUAGACGCAACAAAAGAAUUUCUAGAUGCGAAAGCAAUGAAAUGUUGAAUUUGAUUAUUAAAAUUGUAAGAACAAUGAUUGUUAAUUACAAAGAGUGGGUCCUUAAAAUAGAAAAGGUAAAUGAAAUAAUAAAAAUUAUUUUGCCGAUAGAUCAGAUUUACUUUGAAGAACUUUUGAGCUACAAUCAGCCUCCGGAUAUCACGGAUAUAAUCCGUGAUUACUCGAGACGCGUUGUAGCAGCAAUUGCGCAAGUGUUUGAAGAUACUGAAGCUCCAGAACUGGAUCUUAAUUCGCUGUGGGUGGAUUUUAAAUUUAAUUUAAUUUUGAAUAGUACUGAGGAAGAGUUUGUGAGGAUUGCUACUGAAAUCGCGGUGAUCCAUGCGGACUUUUUUCAUCCUCAGAUGGAAGAAGUCCUCGUGGAUGAUGCAGUGCUCGAUUUUAUGAACCUCGUAGCUAGAGCUUGGAGCUACUGCUUGGAGAUACCGAGAGCGACGCAGCCCAAUACCUUCGGGUGUUUAAUAAGAUCCCAGGCGAAGUUUAUUAAAUUAAUUAUGCGGAUUAAAAACAAGACCUGGGAGUAUGAAAAAAUUUUAAAUGCUCUUAAAGAGAACGUCAAUGGUUUGAGCGACGGAAUUAAAGAGACCGGCUACGGGGAUUGUUAUGAAAAAUUGAUCGAGUCUUUGGAGCGUCCAAGCGGAGAAGAAUCUUUGGAGUCGAUCUUGCAGAUUGCAGAGAGUCUGGAAACCUUCGGCAGUAAUUGUUUGCAGAAUAUAAGUGCAGUUCUUGGAGAAAAAAAAGUUCCAAGAGAUUUGAUGAAGCUACUGCUGGCUCAGGAGUUUAUUGAUAAUUGUCUGAGGUUUGAAAUCCAAAUUUCAAGUCUUAUUAUUAAGGGGAUCAAUGAACUUACUUCGUGUAAAAAAACUGAUUAAUAGUUUUUGGAAAAAUAAAUAUACUUUUUUAUUUAAUGAA